AUGGCGCAUAGAGUAGAACAGGAUUAUGAUUAUUUGUUCAAGAUCGUGUUGAUCGGUGAUUCUGGUGUCGGGAAAUCGAACAUCUUGUCUAGAUUCACAAGGAACGAGUUUUGCUUGGAAUCUAAGUCCACUAUUGGUGUUGAAUUCGCCACCAGAACUCUUCAGGUUGAAGGAAAGACUGUUAAGGCUCAGAUUUGGGACACUGCAGGUCAAGAGCGAUACAGAGCCAUCACAAGCGCUUAUUACAGAGGCGCAGUAGGUGCACUUCUUGUCUAUGACAUCACCAAAAGACAAACCUUUGACAAUGUCCUGAGGUGGCUACGCGAACUUAGAGACCAUGCGGAUUCCAACAUUGUGAUCAUGAUGGCUGGGAACAAAUCCGAUUUAAACCACUUGAGAUCGGUUGCUGAGGAAGAUGGUCAGUCACUAGCUGAAACAGAAGGUCUCUCGUUCUUGGAAACAUCUGCUCUCGAAUCCACCAAUGUCGAGAAAGCAUUUCAAACCGUGUUAGGAGAGAUUUAUCAUAUCAUAAGCAAAAAAGCUUUGGCUGCUCAAGAAGCAGCAGCUGCUAAUUCCGCGAUUCCCGGGCAAGGUACAACGAUUAACGUUGAUGACACAUCUGGAGCUGGUAAAAGAGGUUGCUGUUCUACUUAA